AACUGCGGCAAAGAAGAGAGUAAAACAAAUUAUUCAGCGUUUUUAACACACAUUUUUUUUCUGUGUUACGUGUUUUGUCUGUUAAAUUUUGAUCCAGAUCUCCUCGCCAUGCCCGUGUUUAUAAAUAGGAACAGUUUAAGUUUAAUUAAUCACCUGAAAACGAUCUCAAGGCGAAACGCCGUUUUUCAUACGAACAAAAAUUCAUCUGCUUUCAACGUUUUUCGUCAUUUACGAACAAGUUGCAUACAUCAGAAAGACGACAUCAAACUCGUUAAAACCGUCGAGAAAACCGUGAAUCCAUAUGGUUACCUCGAGCUUAAUAAUUUGGAUCUUGAUGUCUCAAUCAAGCCUACAUGCCCAAAUAUGUUUCCUGACAUGAAUAAAGUCAUAUGUAGCUUUUAUUCAAAAACUGAACAGACAGCCCCAGAGCUACUUUGUCAAGACGAAAAGAUUUCUUUACAUACCAACAAAGUUUAUCAUCCAAAAGAAAGUUACUGUUCAAUCAGCAUCCCCAUAAAAUAUCAUGUUGAUUCUGCAAAUAUUUUGGGACAUAACAAUGUUCAUGUUGAAUCAAUGGAAUCAGCAUCAGUGAGAAUCACUACUGGAUCUGGAGACAUCACCACUAAUAGCCUUAAAGGAGAUUUUAUUAGUUUACUCACCCAAACUGGCAAUGUUAAAUGCUCAGGCCUUUCUCAGGGAAGAAUUACCAUCCACAGUGGCAGUGGGGACAUUCACGGUCAUAAAUUUCAAGGACCCGCGCUAAUAGUGGCCACAAAUUCAGGAAAUGUCACGGCAGAAUCAGUGUACUCGGACGAAUCGCGCUUCGUUUCUGCAACGGGCAACAUCACGCUGAAAAAUCUGCAUCGAAAAUGCAAUGUGAAAAUCACGAGUACUGGAAAUCUAACUGCUUCUGGUAUGGAUGGCAGUUUGGAUGCUCAGCUAGGCCAAGGCCAACAUCAAAUUCAAAUCAGUCAGCUGCAAGAAAAUUCCUCGAUUCGCGUCAUUCACGGCUCGCUGACGUUGAAAGUUCCAGUAGAUUGCCCUUUUGGCAUUCGUGUCACCGCUCGAUCGAUCGUAGUCACGCCGGAAAAAAUGAAGAUGGCGAAUGUCGUGACCAACAACGGAUGUAGCCUGUUCGAAUAUCAGACCGAUGAAGAAGGUCAGCCGAUUAUUGAGAUCGAAGGCAACAACAGCAGCGUCGUGAUUGAAAACCAAGAUUGGUACACGUCUUUAGGACUCAAGUUGCAGAAAUAGAAAGGAACAAGACGUCUGCGUGGGUUAUAGAUAGGUGUAUUGUAUCUAGAGAGUGGACUAAUAAACACAGUUCCAUCUA